AUGGGUUCUUUAUCUUUCACAGCUGCUCAUGCUAUUAUUUGGCCAACUUAUGGUGUUCUAUUAGUAUCUGCCACCGCGGUAGCAUAUUACUAUAGGAAUUCAAAAACAUUUUUGAAUGCAAAUGGUACUCAAAGUGCUAUACCGUUAGCAUUUAAUUUCGUUGCAUCCGGUUUAGGUUGUGGUAUUUUAUCAACGUAUCCUCAAAUUGCUAAUAUUGAUGGCUUACACGGUCUAUUAGUCUAUGCAUUAGCCGGUGGUUUACCAAUGUUCGUUUUCUCAUUUUUAGGUCCAUUGAUUAGAAAAAAAACUCCACAUGGAUUUAUUUUAUCAGAAUGGGUUUUCCAUAGAUUUGGUAUUGCAGCAGGCUGGUAUUUGAGCGCCUGCACAAUCUUAACAAUGUACCUAUUCAUGGUCAGUGAAUUAGCGUCAUUGAAGUAUGCAGUAGAGACUUUGACUGGUAUUAAGGCGUUGCCUGUUGUUAUUAUAGAAUGUGUCGUCACCUCUAUUUAUACCACUGUUGGUGGUUUCAAAAUUUCAUUUUUGACUGACACUUUGCAAGUGUCUAUUGUUUUCAUACUAUUGAUUAUUGUUUCUUGUGCAAUGGGCAGUUAUAUUAGUAUUGAUAAGUCGAAGAUUGAGCCAUCUGGUUUAUUAAAGGCAAACAGAUUAGGUUGGCAAUUGAUAUAUAUACUGACUAUUGCAAUUUUUACAAAUGAUUUAUUUUUGAAUGGAUUCUGGUUAAGAACUUUUGCAUCACGUUCGGAUAAGGAUUUAUUAAUUGGGUGUUCGAUUGCUGCAUUUUUAUUAACCGCAAUUGUCACUGUUGUUGGUGUCACUGGUUUCAUUGCUGUAUGGGCUGGAUUUGUUGAAGUGGCAGAUGAAGAAAACUCAGGCGCUGCAUUUUUCAUUCUAUUGGCACAGCUACCCUCUUGGGUUAUGGGGUUCACUUUAGUAUUUGUUUUAAUUCUAUCUACUUGCACUUUAGACUCUUUACAAAGUGCUUUAGUCUCUACAAUUUCCAAUGACGUCUUUAGAAAUAAAAUUCCGAUUCUUUACACACGUAUUAUUGUUGUUGUCAUCAUGGUACCUGUUGUUGUUGUCGGUUUAAUUGCCGAGGAUGUUUUAUCAAUUUAUUUGAUCGUUGAUUUGCUAUCAAGUAGUGUUGUUCCGGUAUUGGUAUUGGGUCUAUGGUCAAAAUUUGAUUCAUUCUGGACAGCAUGGGAAGUUAUCGGUGGUGGUUUAGCCGGGAUAUUUGGCGUUUGGGUAUACGGUACUAUAUAUUACCAUUCUGCUAGGGAAGGUGGCAAAUUGUUAUUGAUUUGGAACGGUUUAUAUAUUCAAGAUUGGGGUGCAUUUGGUGCCUUUGUCGUUGCACCAGUGGCAAGUAUGGUUAUUUCAUUCAUAAUUUUAGCCAUUAGAUUAUAUUCUAUUAAAUUGUAUCAAGCGGACACAACAGUUGGUCAUAGGUUCCGUGACGUAUGUGAUAGCUUGGGCAAGAUCACAGGUAUUACAUGGUUAUACCGUACAACUAAGUACUGGGACAACAAAUUGAUUAAAGAGUUAGACUACAGCGAGGCAAUUAGCGACUCAUCCGAAGGUAUAGUGGAGAUCCAAGAAACCACAAGCUUAGCUGAUAGUAAGGAUUCGAUUCUUAAACAAAGAUCCUCUAUAACCGUAACACCUACUGAAUGGGAUUGA